GCAUGCCUUGUCAUUAUGAUUCUUUUGGUUGCUCCCAGGGAUUAUCUUGAACACAUAACAUCCAUUGGCCCCAGGACUACAGGGAGUCCAGAAAAUGAAAUUCUGACGGUGCAUUACCUUUUGGAACAGAUUAAACUAAUUGAAGUUCAAAGCAACAGCCUUCACAAGAUUUCAGUCAACGUACAGAGGCCCACAGGCUCCUUUAGCAUUGACUUCUUGGGAGGGUUUACAAGCUAUUAUGACAACAUCACCAACGUUGCGGUAAAGCUGGAACCCAGAGAUGGAGCCCAGCAUGCUGUCCUGGCUAACUGUCAUUUUGACUCAGUGGCGAACUCACCAGGUGCCAGUGAUGAUGCAGUUAGCUGUUCCGUGUUGCUGGAAGUCCUUCGUGUCUUGUCCGCGUCUUCAGAAGCCUUACAUCACGCCAUCAUAUUUCUCUUCAAUGGUGCUGAGGAGAACGUCUUGCAAGCCAGUCAUGGUUUUAUUACCCAGCACCCCUGGGCCAGCUUGAUUCGUGCAUUUAUUAACCUGGAGGCAGCGGGUGUAGGAGGGAAAGAACUUGUAUUCCAAACAGGACCUGAAAAUCCUUGGUUGGUCCAAGCUUAUGUUUCAGCAGCUAAACACCCAUUUGCUUCUGUGGUGGCUCAGGAGGUUUUCCAGAGUGGGAUCAUUCCCUCAGAUACGGACUUCCGCAUCUACAGGGACUUUGGGAACAUUCCAGGAAUAGACUUAGCUUUUAUUGAGAAUGGAUACAUUUAUCACACCAAGUAUGACACAGCGGACAGAAUCCUAACAGACUCCAUUCAGAGAGCAGGCGACAACAUUUUAGCAGUUCUUAAAUAUCUAGCCACGUCUGAUAUGUUGGCUGCUGCUUCUGAGUAUCAACAUGGAAACAUGGUCUUCUUUGAUGUGCUUGGCCUGUUUGUCAUCGCCUACCCUUAUCGUGUUGGCUUGAUCAUUAACUACAUGGUGAUAACGGCUGUUGCUUUAUACCUGGGAAGGAAAUUGUUGCAGCCCAAACAUAAGUCUGCAAGCUACACGAAGGACUUCUUCUGUGGCCUUGGCAUCACUCUGAUAAGCUGGUUCACUAGCUUGGUCACUGUGCUCAUUAUAGCAGUGUUCAUCUCUCUUAUUGGACAGUCUCUCUCAUGGUAUAACCACUUCUAUGUCUCCGUUUGUCUGUAUGGAACUGCUGCUGUAACCAAAAUAAUAUUCAUACAUACCCUCGCAAAAAGAUUUUAUUACGUGAAUGCCAGUGACCAGUAUCUGGGAGAAGUGUUUUUUGAUGUCUCGCUGUUCGUGCACUGUGGGUUCCUCACCGUUCUCACUUACCAGGGGCUCUGCUCGGCAUUUAUUAGCGCCAUCUGGGUGGUGUUUCCAUUGCUCACAAAGCUUUGUGUGCACAAGGACUUUAAGCGGCAUGGUGCUGGAGGAAAAUUUAUUGCCUUCUACCUUUUGGGGAUGUUUAUUCCUUACCUGUACGCACUGUACCUCAUCUGGGCCGUAUUUGAGAUGUUUACCCCUAUCCUCGGGAGGAGUGGUUCUGAAAUUCCACCUGAUGUUGUGCUGGCUUCUAUUUUGGCUGGUUGUACAAUGACUCUCUCAUCCUAUUUUAUUAACUUCAUCUACCUUGCCAAAAGCACAAAAAGAACCAUGCUAACUUUAACUUUGGUAUGUACAAUUACAUUCCUCCUCGUCUGCAGUGGAACUUUUUUCCCAUAUAGCUCCAACCCUGCCAGUCCAAAGCCAAAGAGAGUGUUUCUUCAGCUUCCAGUGCAUUUCCUGAUCAGGAAAAACUGGUAUCUUCCUGCCCCAGAAGUUUCUCCUCGAGAUCCUGCUCAUUUCAGGCUUGUAUCCAAAGAACAGACACCCUGGGAUUCUAUAAAGCUGACCUUUGAAGCAACAGGACCAAGCCAUAUGUCGUUCUAUGUUCGAACCCACAAAGGGUCCACACUUUCUCAGUGGUCUCUUGGCAAUGGUACCCCAGUCACAAGUAAAGGAGGGGACUACUUUGUAUUUUAUUCCCAUGGACUCCAGGCCUCCGCAUGGCAGUUCUGGAUAGAAGUACAGGUCUUGGAAGAACAGCCAGAAGGAAUGGUCACUGUGGCCAUUGCUGCCCACUAUUUUUCUGGGGAAGACAAGAGAUCCUCCCAGCUGGAUGCUCUGAAAGAGAAGUUCCCAGAUUGGACAUUUCCCUCUGCCUGGGUGUGCACCUACAAUCUCUUUGUGUUUUAAUCCUGUGGAUGAGCUCUAAUACUCCAUGUGGCACGGUUUCUCCUUACGGAUGUUUGUAUGUAAGUCAGUGAAUUUUAAUGAGCAUGUGUUCAAAGAGCUUUGUGGACGAACACUCUUCAGGGCUAAGCACUAUCGUGGUUGCACUGUGGGGUGGUGUGCAUGGCCUGUUUGGCACCUGAAAAUACCAGUUUUCUAGCACUUAAAAGCACAUGUGGGUAUGGCCACUAUACACAUUUUAUAUGACCUUAGGGACAAAAGCCAACAGACCACUUUAAUAGUCGUCCUCUUAAGAUCAUGAAAGGUGUAGAAGGUACUAUAAGUCCACUGUUAAUGAUACAAAUGACAUUUCUAACUAAAGCCCAAGACCAUUUGUUGUGUCAGGGACAGUAGGUAAAAUAUUCACGGAGGUAAUGACUCCCCUUGAGACCUACUACCUCUGUAGGUCAUUAGAAAGCGACUGUGUAAGGACGGGAAGAACCCCUGGGCCUGUGCUGCUUCAGGCAGCGUCUGGAGUGUGCUUUGCAUCUCUGGAGCCCUGGUCCCAGCGCGGAACCUGCGUUGGGUUGGUGACUCCUGUUUUGACAAGUCGUCACUGAGAUCCACUACUGCAUUGCUUCUCCGAGGUUGCUUUCAAAGCCUGUUCCCCUUUCCACACGUUCCACCUUGAGCAAAGGACCAUUUGUCUAGUUACCUUUUCCUCUGGAGCUUCAGUGUCUUUUGGUUUAGACUGUUGUUUUUGCAAGUUUUAUGACCUUAACUUCUUUCCUCAGAGCACUGAGUUGCCAUGGUGGCUUAUUCUGAGAUGGGAGAAGAGAAGGGCGUGGAGUGGCCGGGCAUUUUAUAUUUAUUCUCUUCAUUUUGUAGCAGUCUUCUGUUGUCCAAAGUUAAUCCUUUAGGGUAUAAUUUAAUUGAUGAACUAGGUCCUUAUUUUUGUCUGUUUUCCAGCUAGUUGAACUUCAGUUUCUCAGUAACUUCCUAUGUCCAGUAGAGCUUGCUUUCCUGAGACUUGAGGCUGUGGCUUGUACUGGAAUGUCCUCCUGUAACUGUCCUUUAAGUUGUUGGUGUUCAAAGCCUGCAUGAUGGCAGCCCUGGGAUCUGGAGGUGCUUUUCAUGCUGAAGAAGAUGGCAGUGUAGCAUAGCAGUGCCUCUCAUGGCUUCUUGGCUUGAGCAGUGGUAAAUUCUGCUAGCUUUUUUCCAUUGAAAAAUGUAAAAAGUUGGACAAAUUUUGAGUUUAGCAAGUAUAGGCCCACCCCCAAAACAUACUAAAGAAAAGCUAUAGUAAAACAAAACAGAAGUGGGCACAUCCAAGUGCCACUCAGAUCUGCCCAAGCACAAAGAGCAUAGUAAGUGUGCGUCGUAGAAGAAAAUACUUCUUAAAAUGCGAUGUAUACAGUACGCUCUCUUAAUCAUGCUCAAGUUGCCUGCCUAAUUUACAACUUAAAAAUUGACUGGACCCACAGACAGCAGGGCUGCAGCCACAGCUGAAUAACAUUUGGGCUGUCACAUGCAUGGACACUGUAGGAACCAUAUGCA